AUGAUGGAAAGGGCCGGGAAGGAUGCACAGGCACUUGACUUCAUCGAGGUUGCUGCCAAAGAGAACAGAACCUCCAAGGAUCCAUCUUGUGGCUACAGACCUUUGAAGUCUUGGAGGCUGCAGCAACUGCUCGAUGGAAGCGUGGACACUUUCCUGAGGCAGUUAUCUGGUAUCAGCCUGGCUGCAGCGAUGUCCCAGAAGAACCUCAAGAAGCCUCAGUCCAAGCCCAAGGCAUCCGACAAGGAGGAGAAGCAAAAGGAGGAUGCAGAGCUGGACAUUGAAGCUUUGGCGAAAAACUACAAGACCAACCUCAAGAAGGGCCUCACCGGCAAAAAGGCUGCUGAAAUCCUGGAAAAAGAUGGUUUGAAUGAGUUGGAGAAGCCGCCCAAGCCAACUCUGCUGAUGCUCUUCCUCAUGCAGCUCACGAGCUUCAUCAUCAUCCUCCUCAUGGUGGCAGCCGUCGCCUCCAUCCUUGUGAACGCCACGGGCCCCAAGGCCGCAGACCCCCUCUCAUACACCACAGGCAUUGCUAUCGGAAUCAUUGUGCUGAUCAAUGCCGGCAUUGCGGCAUGGACAGAGCACAAAGCUGGCGAUGCUCUGGAAGCGCUUUCGAAGAUGACGCAGGCCAACAUCUACGUCCUUCGUGAUGGAAAAGAGGUCCAGAUACCAGUUCCAAGCGUGGUGUGUGGCGACAUCGUCGUCUUGGGAACCGGCGACGUGGUGCCUGCAGACCUGAGGCUUUUCGAGGCUAAGGACUUCAAGGUCAGCGAGAUGGCGCUCACAGGCGAGCCUGAUGACGUUGCCAAGACCUCGAAGGUGAAGGAGAAGAAAGAUGGUCAGCCCGAGAAGCUCACGCCCGAGACCAUGGCAUUCUCUGGCUGCAGCAUCACCAGCGGCCUUGGCCGUGGCCUCGUCACGGACACCGGCAUGAACACCCGCAUCGGUCGCAUCGCCAAGCUGAUCGCUGGCGAGGAUGGAGGUCAGAAGACCACUUGUUUCUGUUUCCCGGACACCUCUGGAAGCCAAACACCCCUGCAGCAGAAUCUGAACAAGCUAGGCGCACGCAUCGGCAUCCUUGCCAUCGCGAUUUGUGUCGGUAUUUUCAUCAUCGGCUGGGUCUCAGAUCGCAAAGACCCCUCGAGUCCUGACAGCGCGGCCUGGCUCUACAUGAUCCUGGUGUCCGUGACAUUGGCAGUCGCCGCCAUUCCAGAGGGCAUCCCACUUUGCGUCACGAUCUCCCUUUCGAUCGGAUGUUCGGACAUGGUAAAUCAGGAGGUGCUGGUUCGGAAGCUUGCUGCAGUGGAGACUCUGGGUUCGGCUUCUGUGAUCUGCAGUGACAAGACGGGAACGCUCACCGAAGGCAAGAUGACCAUGGUUGGCAUGUACACUGCCGGAGUGACAUACGAUGUGACAGGCAAAGGAUUCGACCCGGAGGUAGGCCAAGUCCAGCGCAGUGGCAGCACGUCCAACAGCGGGAAGGACAUGGGCGUGAAGAGCAAUCUGCUUGCAGCCAUCUUGUGCUGCAACACGACACUCUCGAAAGAGAAGGAUGAGGAGGGAGUGAUGAAGUGGACACCCAAGGGCAACUCGUCCGAGGCGCCGAUCGUGGUCGCCGCACGCAAAGUCGGCUUAUCGGAGAAGAUUGCCGACGAAUACCCUCGCGUGCUGGAAGUACCCUUUUCGUCCUCGCGGAAGAUGAUGCUGACGGUGUCCCGCGUGAAGGGUGCAGAGCUUUGCCCGGGUGGGAUGCCGCUGCCCGCAGGCACCAACUACUUGGCCGUGUGCAAGGGUGCGCCCAAUUACAUCAUUGACCUCUGCUCCGAACAGCUCAAGGAGGAUGGCAGCGUCGCGAAGCUCACGGACGAUGACAAGAAG